AUGGUGUUUUUCAAGCCCCACUUUCGUACUCUAAGUGAGCAGCUUGACCAUCUCGCCAAAACGGCGUCGGCUAUAGCCCCACCCUCCAGAGAAGACGACAUUGACUACGAUCUCGAGGCCCAGCUCCCAAGGAACCCAUUGUCCAGCACAAGCUCAUUCAGGUCGCUCCACAAACCGUUCAAGAGAACUUACGGUGCUGCUGGUGACGACGCUGCAUCUUUCACUUCAAUUCGCCCAUUACACUCUGCUUUCGGGCCUCGUUUAGACACACCCGUGUCUGCUCACACUGACCUCCACAGCUUGUCCACAGUGGAGUCUACGGUACCUAGAUCGCCCCAGGCAUCCUUUGAGUCAUUGGCGCCACUUGCUCCCAGACUGCCUUGGGCUAGAAUCUUAGCUUAUUUGUGGAAGUCGGGCCACCCAGAGGGCCAGCGGACGUUGAGCAGAUUCCAUAAGUGUUUGGCAAUCUUGGCAGUUACAGCAGUCGGAGGAGCUGGUGUUCUCGUUGCUACAGGCCAUAGUCAGUAUUUGUUGUCGACAGUGUCGUCAAUUUUGUGUUGGGUCGAGGACCAGCUUGGGCUUGACCUGUUGCCAUUUUGCCAGAAAUAG